AUGGGAUCUGGGGCUGCAAGUUUUCUGAAGGUUCUUCUUAAGAACUUUGAUGUUCUUGCUGGGCCAGUUAUUAGUCUUCUGUAUCCUCUGUAUGCCUCCGUUAGGGCAAUUGAGUCGGAGUCUCGUGCCGAUGACAGACAAUGGCUUACAUAUUGGGUUCUCUAUUCCAUGAUUACAUUGCUGGAGCUCACCUUUGCCAAAACUUCUGGUGCAUUUGCAUCUGGAAAGCUGUUCACCUGGGGGGAUGGGGAGAAAGGCCAGCUUGGACAUGGUGAUAAAGAACCCAGAUUAGUUCCUUCUUUGGUAGCACUGUCAGACACUACAAGCUUUUCUCAAGUGGCUUGUGGCCACAGUGUCACUGUUGCUCUAACUGACACAGGGAAAGUGUAUUCCAUGGGGAGUGUUGGUCCUGGACAACUUGGGAGCUCUGGAAGUAGCAAGCUUCCAACUUGUGUCAAAGGAAAUAUCAAAAACAGCCGAAUUGAAGAGAUAGCAUGUGGUUCUCAUCAUAUUGUGGUUCGCAGUUCAGAUGCUAAGGUUUACACCUGGGGAAAGGGUGCAAAUGGUCAAUUAGGUCAUGGAGACAAUGCAGACAGGAAUGUACCUACACUUGUUGAUGCUUUGCAAAACAAACGAGUAAAGAGAGUGGUAUGUGGCUCCAACUUUACUGCUGCAAUUUGUCUCCAUGACUGGGCACUAGGUGCUGAUCAUUUUAAUUGUUCUGGUUGUCGGAAUCCAUUUAGUUUCAUCAGAAAGCGUCAUAACUGUUACAACUGUGGGCUAGUCUUUUGUAAAGCUUGCAGCUGUAAGAAAUCUCUAAAAGCUGCUUUGGCUCCUAAUAUGAACAAGCCUUAUCGGGUCUGUGAUGAUUGUUUUACCAAAUUAAAUAGGAAAAAGGAGUCUAGAUCAACUCCUGAUUUCAUUAAGAAUUUAAGGGAAAGCUUAAAUCAGAAUACUAAUGAGUUACCAGAGAAAGAUACUCUGAAUUCAAAAUCUCUUCGUAAGCUUGCCAGGCUUGCCUCCUUUGAUUCAUUCAGACAGACCAGGAGCCAAAAUUCCAAACAUGAUAGGAGAGUACUAAAUGAAAAUUCUCAAUGGGAAUCAACCUCUUUAUUUGGAAAUUCUACGAGAAUAUCAGCUUCUUCUUCUGGUUCAAGAAUGGUUUCUCAAGGUUCAUCUCCUCCCUCAAGGAAGUCAAGUCCAGCUUAUUGUAUUACAAGAGCUUCAAUUCAUACUGAUCUUGCAAAUCCAGAAUUCCUUUUCAAUGGCUCAAAGCACACAGUUGAGAGCCUCACUCAAGAGAUAGGUAUACUAAGAGCACAGGUUGAGGAUCUUACUGUCAAAUCCCAAGUCCUAGAAGAAAACCUUGAAAGGACAUCAAGGCGGUUGAAGGAGGCAAUGGGUACAGCACAUGAGGAAGCUGAAAAGAACAAGGCUUCAAAGGAAGUAAUCAGAUCUCUGACUGUGCAGUUAAAGAAAAUGGCUGGAAGAGCACUUGACAAUCAACUGCACCCUGGAACUGAAUUUCACUCACUGAAUUCACAUUCUUGUUCAGAGUUGAAGAUAUCUCAGAGGCAUGACUAGCCCAGAUAGAACGAAAAACCUUUUGACAUGCCCAACGUCUUGAGUAAGGAUCUAAUGGCAAAGUAAACAGCACUGAGAGAUAGGAUGGCAAAUAGUGGAUAGUAUAUUGCAAAGAUGGCGCAUAUAAAAAUGCUUUCCUCUUACUCAGUAGUGAACUAUAUGAGACCUUCUCCACUCAGAGUGAAGGCGUAUCUGAUAACGAGUUGGCCAGUUCUUAAGGGUAACCUGUUUCACAAUCACCAAUUUCUGUUUGGAUGAAUGGUUUUCCUCAAGGCUUUCCUACAGUGAGAAUCAUAGGGAGAACAAUCAAGGAAGGUAUUUGAGCACUGCUUGUAACGGAAGAAUAAAUUCUGUCUUCCAAUAUCAACAUAAAAGGAGGGAUAGUAAGAUUCCUUUCUCCCACAAUCUUCUACCUGAAAAUGUACUGUAGUUUCUUUGUUUGUUUUUGUGGGUUUGCAGUAUUAUACAAGUACAAGCCUUAAAGAAAGAAUUGUCUUCAUAAGAUAUAACACAUGCAGGUAGAAUGAGAAUUUUAGAAACGCAGGCAGAGUCAAUAGGAAAGAAAUUUAUACAAGUAGCAAAAGAAAUUUGAUAUGUUUUCGUUUUUCUGUUACAAGUCCUUUUACGUUGGUGGGGAUAUAGGUCGGGGGAGGCAGGUUAGCUCCUGGUAAUGGUUCCAAAACACUUGGCAGUGGCAGGAGGGUGGUGGGAACUUGGUACUGUUUUAAGUCUGAGUUUAGAGUUUAUGUGGAUGUCUCCUUGGGUUUAUAGAUGGAGUAUGCAUAUAUUUUUGACUUGAAAAGAUUGAUAAGUGGGCACAACGCAGCAGCAGUGAGAAAGCAUGCAAAUUGUUUUCAGCCUUUGUAGAGUUUAGCAUACGAUCAUGUCCUUGUAGAGUUUAGCAACUUAUUCCUGUUUCCUGAUAAACAAAAGAGAAUUAUUGGCCAAACCUAGGACUUUGUUCGGCUUUAGUUGCAGAUUCUGUAACAAGUAUUAUUUUGAGUAAAAUUGUUUUCAAAGUAGUAGUCUAAAU